AUGGAUUCUAAGUACGCAUCCAUAGGUAGAGAAAAACCGAAAAUUACAAAUGAUUUAACAGUUAAAAGGUUAAAACUAUGUGUUAAUAAUGCAAACACAAAGAAAGAUAAAGAGCAGACAAACAAUGGAGCGGCCAGUAAUAAUAAACUUGAAAAUAAUUUUUCUAAAGAGAACACAGAAGACUUAAAGGAAGCUAGAAAAUCAUUACCAGUUUAUUUAGUGAGAGCCAGAAUUAUAGAAGAAAUAAAAAAACAUGAUACAAUGAUAUUAAUCGGUGAGACAGGAAGUGGUAAGACCACACAAAUACCUCAGCUUAUUCAUGAACAUCGACUGGAGGGUAAGAGUUGUGUGGCUGUGACACAACCGAGAAGGGUGGCCGCUAUCACUCUAGCUUUACGAGUGGCAGCUGAAAUGAAUACGGAUAUUGGAUCUAUAGUCGGAUAUUCAGUAAGAUUUGAAGAUGUAACUAGUCCGAGAACGAAAGUAAAAUAUUUGACAGAUGGAAUGUUAUUGAGAGAAGCUGUAUCAGAUCCAUUGUUGAAAAAAUAUUCUGUUAUUGUGUUAGAUGAAGCCCAUGAACGCACUGUAAAUACUGAUGUCUUAUUUGGAAUUGUUAAACUCGCACAAAAGGAAAGAAAUGGACAGAAACAAAAUCCGCUAAAGGUUAUAGUCAUGUCAGCGACAAUGGAUGUGGAUUCUUUUAGAAAAUAUUAUGAUAAUUGUCCUGUUAUAUACUUAGAGGGAAGAACUUACCCUGUAACUAUAUAUCACUCUAAGAUUAAACAUGAAGAUUAUCAGUAUGCUGCAAUAUGUACAAUAUUCCAGUUACAUACAACAACUCCAGCUAAUGAAGAUUUCCUUGUGUUUUUAACUGGACAGGAAGAAAUUGAAACUGUUAUGACUAAUAUAAAGCAAAUAGCUAAAGAAACUGUUGGUCCUCAAAUAAGGGUAUGUCCAUUAUAUGCAGGUUUACCCGCCGCUAAACAGUUGUUGGUAUGGAAAAAAACACCGCCUGGAAUGAGAAAAAUUGUCUUAGCAACAAACAUAGCUGAAGCUUCUGUGACGAUACCAGAAAUAAGAUAUGUUAUUGACACAGGUGUUGUAAAAGAGAGGACGUGGUGUACUCGUACCGGUGCCGAGCGUUUGUCUGUAGUGCCGUGUUCUCAGGCGGCUUCCUGGCAGCGAGCGGGGCGCGCUGGACGGACCGCACCCGGCGCCUCAUACAGAUUAUACACAGCCACCGACUUUAAAUGCAGGCGGCAACACAAUCUACCGGAAAUAGUACGUUGUCCGCUCACAUCAACAGUUUUGAUGUUGAUAGCGACUGGCCUGGAUCCCGCAACGUUUCCAUUGAUUGACACACCGCCGAAAGAUUCAAUACAUGCUGCUUUAUUGUUAUUAAAAGAAUUAGGCGCUGUAGAUAAUGAAAGUAAUCCAAAAUUAACGGUUCUCGGAAAGAAAUUGACGGCAUUCCCAAUAGACCCGAAAUAUGCCAAGAUACUAUUAUGUGCUCCAGAGUAUGGGUGCUUGGAAGAGGCUCUGAGCUUGGUGGCGGUAAUGUCCAGCGAAAAUGUGUUUCACACGCCAUUACACAAAAGGGAAGAAGCUUUGAAAGUAAAGCAAAAAUUUAUAUCGCCUCUCGGUGAUCAUAUCACGCUUCUAAACGUUUAUAAAGCGUUCUGUAAGGCGCCUCUUAAAAAGCAAUGGUGUCGUGAAAACUAUUUGAAUCACAAGAAUUUGUCUUACGCUUAUGAUGUACGUCAGCAAUUACUUCUAGUUUGCCAACGAUUAAAUUUGGCAGUAACGAGUUGUGGAAAUGCUACGGAUCAGUUGCUGAAGUGUCUGCUGAGCGGUUUGUUCACGAACUGCGCGUGGUCUCGUGCGGGCGGGCGUUACGUGACGAGUGCGGGCGCGGCCGCGUCUCUGCACCCAUCCAGCGUGCUGCACGGCCGUCCUGCGAACCCUGCACUAGUGUACACGGAGUUGCUGCACACGCAGCGAUCGUUCUUAAUCAACGUGUCCGUUGUGCAACCGCAGUGGCUGCAGCAAGUCGCGCCCGAAUACGCCAGGCGGUGUCGCUCGAACCGGUGA